UUUCAGAAAAAGCGGUCCGAGUAGACCAAAUAUAGAUCAGAUGUAGCCCAGAUGAGAACAGUAUGUCAAAACUCAUAGACACCAACAAGCCGGAAUCGCGAAACUGGCUUAAACAGUGGCGGGCUGUGUGCGUCACAAGAGAGGCCCUUUUGCCAAUUGUCAGUGAGGAGGCCGCCCAGUUGCAUGGGGACAUAUUGAUCAAAGCAAAGGUACCAGCAUGCACCACAUGCUCUUUCAAAGAUGUACAAAAAAGAACCGCAAGGUGCCCAUAUCAUGUCGUUCUUCGAGAUGAGCUGGUCAAAGAGCAUGCAUAUGGGCAUACAAAAGGCAUAGGUGCACUUACGUUGAAAAACACAAAAACGGAAAACUGGGCUCACUCACCAUGGGAGAUCGCCAAGGUGUUCAUGCCAUCUGGGUACGAGGACAAAACCACAAUUGAAGAAACGGAUUUCAAUGGCAUCGCUGCCUUCAUCAUUAACUGCAAGCAUUUCCAUGGAAAAAUCACGGGCACUAUUUGUGAAAAGGCUCGAAAAGUGGUCAACCACAUUCGGCACAUGCCGGACAUUUCUUCCGCCGCAUUAACUGACCAGGACACAACCGAAUGCAUAGAUAACCUGUACGCUCUACUGAAUGAGCCAGGGCUAAAGAUUCGACCAGAAGCGAUACAGGCACGGACACAGUUGGACGAGCUGAAGACAUUGAAAGAUGGGAAUGUAUACUAUAGUAUUUGCCAGAAGUUACAUGAUGAAUUCGAACAGAAACUUACCGACAUUGAACGAAAACUACAUGCAAAUGAAAUUGAUACAGAACGCGCUAAAGAAAGUAUACACUCUCUAAGCCAACAAUUUCUGAAGGAUCGGGAAGAAGUGUUGCGAUCAUUUGAGAGAAUUUCUAACGAUGCAAAGCAAGAUUUAACAAGGACUAAAAACAGCAUUCUUUUGUCGAUUGAAGAAGAGAGAAGAAGUUUCAAAGAGAAUAUAACGUCUUUGGAAAAAAGGACAGUACAACGAAUUGAACAGUAUGUAACAGAUUGUAAAAGAGCGCUUGAGAUACAUGCCACAGAAAAGCAGAAACGGGCCACAGAACGCAUUGAACAAUCUUUUACAGAUGGUCAAAGAAAGUUUGAUAUACAUUCUUGCACACCGGACGUGUGUUUCCGGUCAUGUGACCAGUGCUGGAAAAAAACCCGUCUUACACCUAAUGUUUCCGUGGACGUGGCCUGGGGCGCCCAGGGCGUGGAUGAGCGUAGCUAUGACAAUCAGGGGCUGGCGGCGGCGGCCGACUUCCUGUUUAUUAUGGCGUAUGACAUGCAGAGCCAGAUCCGGGGACCGUGUGUCGCUGGACCUAACAGCCCUUUUCCGCGAGUCAUGGAAGGUGUACAAAGCUACCUGAAUGCUAGUAUCUCCCCAGACAGGCUAGUUCUGGGUCUGCCCUGGUACGGCUACAACUACUCUUGCCUCGCCUUGUCAAAGGAAAACGAAUGUUCCAUCCGCGCCAUCCCGUUCCGGGGCGUGUACUGUAGCGACGCGGCCGGAAAUGAGAUCAAUUUCAACACCAUUUCCAGUCUGCUCGAGUCGUCCACCUCCGGAAGACUCUGGGACGAGGAGUCACAGACACCAUACUUUAACUAUCGUAUGAACGGUCGCUCCCUUCAGGUCCGUUACGACGACCCGAAAAGUCUUAAAGUGAAAUAUCAGUACGCGAUUGACGCUGGGCUGCGGGGAGUCGGGGUGUGGAACACGGAGGCACUGGCGUACAGCUCCCAACAGCCGCGCGACAUCUGGGAUGUCCACGAAAUGUGGACCACGCUGCCUGACUUCCGGCAGAACCAACGCCAGCUAAAUAACCGAAAACACUUGCCUCGGCCUGACGGAAGCGAUACUGUACAGGGGUAGACGGCGAAGUGAUGGACGAAGUUCAGAUCUGAAAUGAUGCGUAUAAACUUGUACACAAUUAUGAGUGAUAGUUUUAAUAUUGUUGAAAGAAGAAAUAGUGUAUGGAUUUCGGUGCCUUCUUCAAAUAGAUGUGUAUGAAGAGUGAAGACAAUCAUUAUCGUAUAUCCGGUACACGAUUGCGCCCUGGUUCAUCAUAAACUCUUUCUUCCAUCGGAGUUGCAAACUGCCCUGUUUGUCAGGGGAGAAAACUGCGUAAGGGAUUGUGGAUGCUGAGUUUGAAAACUAGUCACCAUUAAUAUCGUCCUUGAGUACCAUUAUUACCUUUGUAAUAACAGCAAACGCUAAGAGUGAAAAAUGCAUUCCUUGAGGCAAUGGUUUAUUGCUUUUAUUAUCAUUAUCAUUAUUUUCAUUAUUAUUAUUAUUAGUAGUAGUAGUAGUAUUGCAUGAGUGUGCGCAUAUUAUGUCGCCUGUGUAGCAUGACAAACACCAAGGGAUCAUUUUCGGCGUCGUCGUCCGCUUACUUGGUGGCAUACUUUCAUGUACGCCAUCUUACUUGAGCAUUUAUAAUCCAAUAUUUAGCAAACUUGGUUCCAUUGUGUAUUGGUACCACUGCCUGGCUGCGUUCAAUUAAUAGCCAUAUCUCAAUAUUGACUCUAGUUAUUGGCUGUGGUUAUGGCCCUUGUAUUGUCAAACACGGAACAAAUUUACUUUAUUCGGUUGAGCACUUUAGUAUCCAAUCUUCAAUAAACUUGGUUGAAAUGUUUUUGUGCAUAUGUCUCGGACAAUUUCGAUAAACAUCCAGAUAACAUCUGGGGGUGUGAUAUUUAAAAAAUAAUCACCUUUUCCGGACUUUUACUGCUCACCUGGUAUCAUAUCUUAAAUAAAUAAAGGGGUUCCUUAUAAGCCUUUGGCUUUCUUCUCAAUCCUUUACUGGUAAGUGUAAUGUUACUCUAACCAUUAUAUAUUUUACAACGAUUGUGAAAUAAGCUAUGAUAGCUUAUACUAAGUCACUCUCGUUGGCACAACGUUGCGCGAGAGUGUGGUCUUGUGUUGUGGGGGAAAUCGGAGAACCCGGAGGAAAGCCACUUGUCCGGCUUGGUGACCACUAACCAAACUCACAUGCGCCCGGGCCGGGAAUCGAACCCGGGUCGCCUUGGUGAGAAGCGAGUGCGCUAACCACUGCGCUAACCGGACAACACCAAGUGUAAUGUUGUUUCAGCUAGUUUGUGUGUAUAUAUACGACGGCAUACUAUCUCAAACAAGUUCGAUCAAAAUUCAGAUCGUAAUCUUCACGCAAGUUGUAUGACCGUUGAUUUCUGAAUACCUGACCAAAUUCAAUUUGUCCACUUUCUUACAUAAAGUUUUUACCAACCUGUGAUCAUGCACAAUAUCUCAACUUAUUUCAAUAAAAAAAUAUUACCCUUCUAGUAGGUGCUAGCCCUUUAUUGUCAUACAUUUACCUCAUUUAUCUGAUACGCUCCCUAUAUCAACCAUUUUUAUCCAAUAUUUACAAAACAGUAGCAUACACUUUUUCCCGCAAAUUUGGUAUCCUGCCAGAUUGCAACAUUCAAUUUUGAGUUACUGCCCUUGCCUUGAAUUUUUUUAUUUUUCUAAUUUGACCUGCUUAACUUAUAUUGCAUUACAUGUUUGAACUAACUUCAACAACUUCCAGAAGUGAAACAUAUCGCUCUUGUUUCAUCAAUCUGUCUCACAAUUCAUAAAUGUUUCAUUCUUUUCAAUUCAUAAAGAUGGGCGUGCCAAGGGGGUGACGUAUUCAAUUCGCUGAAUUCUAGUUAUCAAAAUCGGUUCAGAUUUCAUGGUCAAUAACAUGAUCAUUUUUAUGCAUGUUUUCAGUCGUCUGAUUUGCAAAGAUUUCUGACUGUGAUACAAAUUAUGUAUAUGAAGACAACGUCGAUAAACAUAAACACUAAAAUAUGGAAACAAAAUAACAAGAAAAUAUACAAUUAUAGUUUUAUGUUAAAGACGAUUUUUAAUCGAGGCAGACAAAAUUGAAUGUGAAAGUUGAAUGUGGUUUAUGUUCAUACUCAUCCAAUUUGAUCAUAUUACUUACAUGUACAUGUAUAUGCAAUUACAACCAUUUCAUAUUUUGUAUUAACUGUUCACCCACAUUGUUCAUGUUUAUAUAUGUGGUUGAAUAGAAGACGUACUUGGUACACGUCUUAAUAUAAAUAAACUAUAUAUAAUGCAA